GAUUGCUCCAUUUAAUGAUGAACCGUUUAAUUAUUAACAAUGGUGUUUAGUUUGCUUCGUCGGUCCAAACGAAGCGCUAUUCGUGAGCCUUCUAGUAGCAACAAGCAUGAUGUGGAAUCAGCUUUGGAGUUAGGUAAGAAGGCUAUACAGGACAUGAAUCAGCAUCUUUUGAUUUUGGAUGAGCGUAUCAAGGGUUGCAUUGCAGAGGCAAAAGAGCGGUACAGUAAAAAUGACAAGGCUGGAGCUUUGGGCGCGCUGCGCCGCAAGAAGUUAUACGAGGAGGAGGCUUCGCGUGUUACAUCUUCGAUAAUGACGCUCGAGACACAGAACAUUACUCUGGAGGGUGCUCAGAUGCAGCAGGUUGCCCUCAACGCCUUGACCACUGGCGCUGCUGCGCAUAAAAGGUUCCAAGAUUGCAUGGCUGCCAAUGCUGUUGACGACCUCAUGGAGCAGCUUGAGGAGCAGCGUGAAACCCAGUAUGAGAUUUACGACUCCAUGACCCAAGGUGUGACGUUGGCUACAGAAUUUGAGGAUGAGCUGGAGGCCCUGAUGAGGGACGAACAAGUAGAGCAGGUGGCCGUGGGCAACUCCCUUGCGGAGAUCGAGGCGGAGCUGCUUGCGGAGGAAGCUCAAGGUAAACAAAAGACAGCCGUUUCGGCUGUAAACAAAACAACAAUACAAACGUCAGCACCAUCUCCAAUCGCACAGUAAUAAUUUGGUCAUUCCACAUUUAACGUUUUACGUUCCUUUAUUUUGCCUCUGCAUAUGGGACAGUUGGUGC